AUGAAGUGCCACAGGUCUGCCAGUUGCACCCUCUCAGUGCCACAGUCUGCCAGUUACCUCCAGUGCCACAGUCUCCCAGUUACCCUCCAGUGCCACAGUCUCCCAGUUACCCUCCAGUGCCACAGUCUCCCAGUUACCCCUCCAGUGCCACAGUCUCCCAGUUACCCUCCAGUCCAGUCUCAGUCCCUCAGUGCCAGUCUGCCAGUUACCCUCCAGUGCCACAGUCUCCCAGUUACCCCCAGUGCCAGUUUACCCUCCAGUGCCACAGCUUCCAGCUCCAGUGCCACAGUCUCCCAGUUACCUCCAGUGCCACAGUCUCCCAGUUACCCUCCAGUGCCACAGUCAUCCAGUUACCCUCAGUCUCCCCAGUUACCUCCAGUGCCACAGUCUCCCAGUUACCCUCCAGUGCCACAGUCUCCCAGUUACCCUCCAGUGCCACAGUCUCCCAGUUGCCCUCCAGUGCCACAGUCUGCCAGCCAGUGCCACAGUUACCCUCCAGUGCCACAGUUCCCAGUUACCCUCCAGUCACAGUCUGCAGUUACCCUCCAGUGCCACAGUCUCCCAGUUACCUCCAGUGCCACAGUCUCCCAGUUGCCCCUCCAGUGCCACAGUCAGUUACCUCCAGUGCCACAGCCCGGUGGCCAGCCCAGUCUCCCAGUUACCUCCAGUGCCACAGUCUCCAGUUACCCUCCAGUGCCACAGUCUCCCAGUUCCCUCCAGUGCCACCUCCAGUCACAGUCUGGCAGUUACCCUCCAGUGCCACAGUCUCCCAGCACCUCCAGUGCCACAGUCUGCCAGUACCCUCCAGUGCCAUCCACCCUCCAGUGCCACAGUCUGCCAGUUACCCUCCAGUGCCACAGUCCAUACCCUCCAGUGCCACAGCCUGCGGUGGAGUUACCCUCCAGUGCCACAGUCUGGCCAGUUACCUCCAGUGCCACAGUCUCCCAGUUACCCUCCAGUGCAGUCUCCCAGUUACCCUCCAGUGCCACAGUCUCACCCAGUUGCCCUCCAGUGCCACAGUCUCCCAGUUACCCUCCAGUGCCACAGUCUGCCAGUUACCCUCCAGUGCCACAGUCUGCGGAGUUUACCACCAGUUUUCACUAUCUCUAA